UUCCUACAAUUCUAACGGCGCCUAUGCAUUGACCCGUCUUUGUCUCUCGUAAAUUCAUGGUGCCGAUGGGGGUCCCACAUGUCGCUUUCACAAACGGGAGGACGGUCUCCGCGCACCACCGUCAUCGACGAAAGCGUCCGAUUGGAAGUGACAAGGAGGUCCCCAGGUCGGGUCCCACAUGGCGAGACCGGCGCAGCACCGGCGAGUAGGAAGAGGUUGAUUGCUCGGUUCCAAAUCCCGAUCUCUUCCGCCCGUGCAGCGCCUCUUUUUCUUCCUCUUAAAUGCUCGCUCUCCCUAUUAUUUCCCGCCCACGACGCCCACCUUUUUUUCCCCCUCUCGCCCCUCGUUAUUUUCACACCCCUCUCUCUCUCUCUCUAACAAAGAGAAGACGAAGACGAUAAUAAAAGAAACCCGGCGGGGAAUGAACCCCAAGGUUCAAACCCCUUCGUUCCCUUGCCUCUAUUCGUCCCCCUUCGUCGAUCCCAAAUCCUAAAUUCCUCGGGCUGCUUGCCAUGCCGGAUCUCGGCAACCUCCUGCUUCCCCUCCCCGCGGCGCACCCCCCGCACCGCGGCGACCCUUCCUCCUCCUCCUCCACCUCUUCCUCCCCCCGUCACGAGAUCCUAGAUGCAGGGGAUGCCGGCCUCGACCGCAAGUGUAGCCGCCCGUUCAAGCAGGAGCGCAAGACGGGGAAGAAGGCAGCCGAUGGAAAGGCCUCGCUGGCCGAUCACGUGAGCGCUUGGCGGGAGAAGAAGAUGGCCGCCGGGGUUCCCGACAGGGAGUGCUUCUUGCCUUUCCUCACUAAUGCUCCAAGAAUGGUUGAUUGCCACAUGUGCAAUAGGUGUAUCUACCCUGGAGAAGAAUUGCGAUGUUCAGUUCUUGGUUGUCAAGAAGCUUACCAUUUGACAUGUGCCAAGAAGCUGAUUGGACCCUCCACUUCAAAACCUUUCAAGUGCCCUCAACAUGGCUGUUUUGUUUGCAAGCAGAAAGCAUAUUGGCGUUGUGUAAGAUGCACAAUGGCAGCACAUACCAAGUGUGCACCAUGGCCAGCAAAUGUCAUUAACUUCAAAAAUCGACCAGGGAGAGCCAUUUGCUGGAGACAUUCUUCUGAUUGGCGUCUUGAAAAGAAGCAUGCAGAUCUUACAAGUGAUGUUGAGGAAGCAUUUGUCCGCUUGCCUCUUCCAUAUGUUGAUGAAGAGUUUAAGAUGGGAACCAUCUUGAAAGAUGUUGUGGAGAACAAGACUGAGCCAGCUCCAUAUGUACAUAUCCGACGUAAUGUUUACUUAAUUAAGAAGAAGCGUGAUGGUGCUGAGACUGGUGUCGGAUGCAGUAACUGCGGCAGUAAUUCCACAUGUAAGGAGAAUUGUGAAUGCAGGGGCCUUUCAGUGAGCUGUUCCAAGGCCUGUCGUUGUUCUGAUAUGUGCAGAAACAGACCCUUCCGCAAAGAGAAAACGAUUAAAGUUGUUAAGACUGAAUAUUGUGGAUGGGGAGUUGUGGCUUUGGAAGUUAUGGAAAAGGGAGACUUUGUGAUAGAAUAUAUUGGAGAAGUUAUUGAUGAUGCUUUGUGCGAACAAAGGCUGUGGGAUAUGAAACAUCGAGGCGAUCAGAACUUCUACAUGUGUGAAAUACAUAAAGACUUCACAAUUGAUGCAACUUUCAAAGGGAAUGCUUCUCGAUUUCUAAACCACAAUUGUGAUCCAAAUUGUAAACUAGAGAAGUGGCAAGUCGAUGGGGAGACACGUGUUGGUGUUUUUGCUUUACGUUCAGUAGACAUUGGGGAGCCUUUAACGUAUGAUUACAGAUUUGUGCACUUUGGACCAAUGGUUAAAUGCCAAUGUGGAGCUUCCAAAUGCCAAGGAUAUCUGGGUAGCAAGAGAAAGUUAAACCAGAUGCCAUCCUCCUGGGGAUGUAAAAGAAAGAGAUCUAUUGCCCUUCAUGGUGCCAAGUAAAUAUCAUUCAUUUUCAAGUACUAUUUGUGAUUUGUUAAUUUUUUCCUAGCUUUGGGCAGCAAAAUCUGGCACCCUUGCCUCCUGUGCUGCUUCUUUGUGUUUAAUUUGUGUCCCACUUUUAUAUGCUUCUCGUUAACUGCCAUCGCCUCCCAUUUGACCUAUUGUUGUUGUAGCAUAUGUUGUUAUUGUAUUCAGUAUGAUCUGUUAUAUGAAAUAGACAUUAAACAAGUUAUUGGUGUA